AUGGCGGUGGAAAAAUACGACGUUGUCAUUGUUGGCGCAGGGCCAGUCGGCCUCUGCUUCGCAUCAUGUCUUGCGCGAUGGGGCUACAAGAUCAAGCACAUCGACAAUCGAGCAGAGCCAACGCCCACAGGACGAGCAGAUGGAAUCCAGCCCCGAUCGCUGGAGCUUCUGCGGAAUAUGGGCCUGAAGCGCCAGAUUAUGGCGCACGAGCCUGCCAAGGUGUACGAAGUCGCGUUUUGGGAUCCGGCGGCCAAGGGCAUUGUGCAGACAGGAACAUGGGCUAGUUGCCCCAAGUUCAUUGAUGCGCGGUACCCCUUUACAACGCUGCUGCACCAGGGUUUAAUUGAGCGUAUAUUCAUCGACGACAUUGAGAAGAGCGGCACAAAACUUCAGCGAUCGUGGACUAUCGCUGGUUUCAACAAUGACGGAAAGGACCCCGUAUACCCGGUUGAGGUCAACCUAGCUCACGUGAAUGGCGAGCAGACCGAGACUGUACGAGCCAAAUACCUCUUCAGCGGAGAAGGUGCGAGGAGUUUCGUACGGGAGAAGUUGGGCGUCAACAUGAUUUACAAGAACCCUGUUGCGCAUGUCUGGGGUGUCAUGGAUGGUGUUGUGCGGACAAACUUCCCUGACAUCAAGAUGAAAUGCACGAUUCACUCAGAUGCCGGUUCGAUCAUGGUCAUUCCUCGCGAAAACAACAUGGUUCGAUUGUACAUCCAAGUUGCCUCCUCAACCGACAAGGACUGGGAUCCCCGCAAGACCAAGACCGCAGAAGAGGUUCAAAAGCUAGCACAAGCAAUCAUGAAGCCGUAUACCAUCACCUGGGACCGUGUGGAGUGGUAUUCCGUUUACCCCAUCGGCCAAGGUAUCGCCGAACGCUACACCCUGGACGAGCGCGUCUUCAUGGGCGGCGAUGUCUGCCACACGCAUUCGCCGAAAGCGGGGCAAGGAAUGAACACUGCAUUCUUAGACGCCGUAAACCUUGCCUGGAAGAUCCACCACGUCGAGUCUGGGUUCGCAAACCGUUCGCUGCUCUCCACCUACGAGUCCGAGCGCAAGCUCAUCGCCGAGACACUCCUGGACUUUGACGCCCGUUACGCCAAGCUCUUCUCCACACGCCUUCCCUCUGCAGGUGAAGUCGCCGGCGCACAUGGCGAAGCAGCUUCCGACAACGAGUUCAUCAAAACAUUCAAAGCGUCCUGCGAAUUCACAUCCGGCUUCGGCGUAGCAUACAACCCCAACCAAAUAAACUGGGGCCCCGAACAUCCCGCACAACACCCGCUGAUUCUCGCACAAGGGAAGGGUACUACCCAGCGUACUGGCUACAUCCUCACCAACGCGACAGUAACACGCGUCGUCGACGCCAAUGUCGUGCAUUUGGAGCAGGAAGUCCCCCUCAAUGGGUCCUACAGGAUAUAUGUCUUCGGUGGUGCACUGGCCAAGACAACAGCAGCAAUCAAAGACCUGGCGACAAACCUCUCCGCGCCAACGUCCUUCUUCACCGCCUUCCAGCAUGAAGACAUCAAGACAGUCGAUCGCUACCAUGAGCGACACAACCCUCACAGCAACCUCUAUACCUUCAACAUCAUAAUCAACGCGCCUCGCAGUAAGAUCCACAUCGACGAGCAGCUGCCCGAGAUGUUCGCGCGCUACGCAGACCACGUUUACGCCGACGACGUGUGGGACCAGCGCGUUCCUAACGCCAAGGCAUCUGGGCACGCGAAGAUGGGACUUAGCGAGGAGGCAGGUGGUGUUGUGGUUGUGCGACCUGAUGGGUAUGUUGGUGUUGUUGUGGGGCUCGAGGAGGGCAGUGGAACGGCAGAUGCGCUUAAUCAAUACUUCUCUGUUGCUACAGGGAAGAAGUUGGGUGGUGAGAGGGCGACCUUGUGA